AUGACUCUGUAUAAUGAGCACGCACAAGCCAAGGCUGAUAAGACAGGAAAGGAGAAAAGAGAGGCUGAACGCCGUGAGUCGGCUUCGGCAGAAGUAGUUCAGAGCGCAAUGGAGGGCUUACGACGGUCCCGUUCAGGAAGCUCUGAAAGUGAGCUAUCGACCCCCCCCCCUCCAGCCGAGCAAAACGAAGAAAAAGUCAAGCACUGA